AUCAACAUCACAAUGCGCCGGUCCCAAUGAUACGAAUAUGUGCUCGAGCGAAUAUUCGCUCUCACGCGUUACCUACACCUACACUAUGUGUAUCUACACAGUGGCUGACUCGACACCAGUUCAGCAGUACAUUAUGGCGCAAAGAAGACCCGCGGAUUGAAUCCAUGGGCAGAGAGAUCACUGAUGAAUUCGCAGUGAUCCGUGAAGAAUAUGCUACACCAAAACACACGAUCGUCCUUGCUCACGGUCUACUUGGCUUCAGCGAACUUCGACUAGCCGGACAAUUCCUUCCUGGUCUCAAAUACUGGCGUGGUAUUACAGAGGCGCUAUCAGCAAAGGGCAUCGAGGUCAUCGUAGCUACCGUCCCACCGAGCGGCAGCGUCGAAGCUAGAGCAGCGAAGCUGGCGGAGAGUAUCGCAGCGAAGGCUAUGGGGAAGGAAGUGAACAUCAUAGCACACAGCAUGGGAGGUCUCGACUCGCGCUACAUGAUCAGCCAACUCAAGCCGACCGAUUUCAAGAUCAAGUCCCUCACUACGAUCGCAACACCGCACCGAGGCUCCUCAUUUGCGGACUACAUGUUCGAGACGAUUGGUCCUCGACGGAUUAAGAGGAUAUACAAUGUCAUAGAGUACUUUGGGUUCGAGACUGGCGCAUUUUCUCAGCUUACGCUGAAGUACAUGCGCGAGAGCUUCAACCCAAGAACACCAGAUAUUGGGGACGUUAGGUACUUCUCAUAUGGCGCAUCCCUGGAGCCUACACGGUGGUCUGUGUUCGCUCCAUCGCACGUCAUUGUCAAGCGGGAAGAGGGAAUCAACGACGGUCUUGUCAGCGUCUCCUCGAGUCAGUGGGGAGACUACAAAGGAACACUGAUCGGUGUCAGUCACCUUGACCUGAUUAACUGGACCAACCGCAUAAAGUGGUGGUUCUGGGAGCUGACUGGCAGCAAGAGGAAGUAUGGCUCUGGACCACCUUCUCAUGCACGCGCAUCGCUAACAAUAAGCCAGCUUCAACGCUAUUGCAUUGUAUCUCGAUAUCUGUGGUAAGUAGGGGCCAGCGGACAUUGCGCUAUUUUGCGGAUCAUUGUACUGACUGAAUCAUUCAGAUAUGCUCGCCAAAGAGAAGCUGUAGCUUUGUAGCUUUGCGCGAGAGGUCUCGCAAGAAACGACAACCUCAGUUUGUAGUAUACUAUGCACAAAGACGCGUCAG